UCGUCUCGAGCCUUUCCAGGUGUGUCUUCGGGGAGCUGUCCGCAACUGCCAUCAACAGACUCAGAGGGAUCAGAUGACUGGACUGGAUCAAAUGAUUGGCUAUAUAUGCAGCGCUCGAGGACGAGCGAAUGUGCGAGAGAUGCAAGAGUCAGAGUGUGCAACCAACGAGCUCAAAGGGCUGGAGCUGGUGGAAGGGAUACAGGGCUGCUCUACAAAUUACGUCUACGAGGUACAGAUGGCAACCAUCAGAGCGAUGCAAAGCCAAGGGCCACCUAACAUUGAUCUGUGUGGGCUGACGGAGGAGCUGCGUAUCUGUGUUACCACCGAGGCCAGAGACCGAUGUGGCACAGCCUAUGAGACGUUUGUCAACGAGAUCUGGGCUAUCGCAAGCAGAACAACGAUGAGAAAUAUAGGGUGUGCUGCACCCCCUGAUAACACGCGACGCUUCGCUCUGAGAGCUUUGGACAUCUGAGAAGACUGAAGAAGUAGGUGAUUUGUACGUGGCUAGAAACACCGGACUGGAUUUUUGGACAAUGGAAUAAAACACCAUGUAUACAUUUU